GACUACUUUAUGAUAAAAGCAAAAUAGAGAAAAAUGGCAGAGUCGGAACCAUCAAGUAGCCGAACAAACAGUUUAAAUACAUCUAGCAGCCAUAACGACGAGAACCACGCUCAUGUUGAAUUGAAAGGUUAUUUGUGGAAGAGAACAAAAUUAUCAAGAAAGUGGAAGAAACAAUGGUUCGUUCUGAGAAAUUCGGAUUUGCUAUAUGGAAACACACCUGAGACAGCAGUAAAAAAUAUUCCUCUGUCGAAUGCUGAAAUCUCUGAAACUGAUAUAGACAAGAAAGAACAUGCAUUUAGGAUUAAGCCCAAGGAUAACAGUCGCACCUUCUACAUUCAAGCAGAAAAUGAAAAUGUUCAAAAUGACUGGAUGCAAGCAAUAUGCUUUGCAAAGGCAGCAGGACAUCACGGUGAUAUUUCCCAAGCAUGUACUAUACAGUAAAUUUGAAGAAUGGUCAGAAAAGUAAAAAAAAAAAAAGCAUGUACAAUACAGUUACUGAGUAAUAUUGCAGAAUGGUCACACAAGUAAACUUAAAAAAACACUAGCUGCAGACUAAACAAAUUCUCUCUUUUUUUAA